CAGAAAUUCAGAAUACUUCUCAACAUACCAUGUAGCUGUACAACCUCUUUCAUUGAGGAAAAUAAUGAAAGACUGCUAUGUGAUUGCUAGCACCACUUCUUGAGCUGAGAACAUUUCUCUUUUAGGAAGAGGUAAGAAAUUUUAAUCAGGAUUUACUUCCCUUUACCCUGUUCAUGGUUUUUCUUUGGCUUCUGCAUUAGUAGCACUCGAGUUUUGCAUCAAGUUUUUGUGGGUUUCCUUUCCAUUAAAAAUCCUGAAGUCUGUGACCAACAUCAAGCAGAAGAAGGAAAUACUGAACACACCAGAAGGCCCAUGAGCUGAGAAAAAUGGAGGCGCUGGCUGAGAUUAUGAAUAUUUCCAAGGAGGCACUAGAUGGCAGCUUCAUUAACAGCUCCUCCAACUGCACAACUGACAGCUUCAAACAAGUAAUUUAUCCCGUCACGUAUCUCUUUAUCUUCUUCCCGGGUGCUGUUGGAAACAGCCUCUCCAUUUAUGUUUUCUCCCAGACUUCACAAAGGAGCUCAAUAAACAUUUACAUGCAGAACCUGGCCGUUUCAGACCUCAUGUUUGUCAGCACUUUGCCCUUUCGGGCUUCAUAUUACCUCUUGGGAUCCCAUUGGAUGUUUGGUGACAUCCUCUGCAGGAUCAUGACUUACACCUUGUACAUGAACAUGUACUGCAGCAUUUAUUUCCUCGCCGUGCUCAGCGUGGUUCGUUUCGUAGCCAUCGCCCACCCGUUCAAACUCGGACAAGUGACCAACACCAAGUAUGCCAGGAUUACCUGUGUGGCCAUAUGGAUCUUCGUGCUGGCAGCUUCCAGCCCUCUGUUAAACAAGGAAAUCGCUGGCUACAGCAACCCAGUCAAAUGCUUGGACCUCCACCCCUCCAGCACACACAGGCUCCUCAUGAUGAACAGCUUUGUCCUCGUCGUGGGCUUCAUCCUGCCCUUCUGCACAAUUGUGUUCUGCUAUGUCUUUGCCAUCAGAGCGCUGAUCAAGUCCAGGGCUACGCGGAGCGGGAGGGCAAUCUGUCACAGGAAGGCACUGUUAACCAUUGUCAUCACCCUUGUCCUCUCCCUCAUCUGCUUCCUGCCCUACCACAUCCUGAGAACUGUCCACCUGAUGUACAGCAGCUGCAGCCAGGCCAACAUGCACAAGGCGCUGGUGGUCACUCUUUGCCUCGCUGCCAUGAACAGCUGCCUUGAUCCCUUCCUCUAUUACUUUGCUGCUGAAAAUUUCAAAGCAAAAAUCAGAAGUUUGUGCUGCAGGUAGCUGGUGCAGAAUUGCAAAUAUAUAUAUACAUAUAUAUAUAUAUAUAUACACACAUAUAUAUAUAUACACAUAUAUACAUAUAUAUAUAUGUAUAUAUACAUAUAUAUAUAUGUGUGUGUGUGUAUAUAUAUAUAUACACACAUAUAUAUAUGUAUAUAUACCAUCCUGAUGGGAUCUCUAGACUGGGCUCAUACUGUUCAAUGACAGAGGCUGCGUACUGUGCUGCCAGCCUACAGCUCUGCUGCUCACUGUCAGGCAUCUCUGGAGCAGAAGUCUCUGGGACAGAGUUCUUUGUGGGUGACCAAAACUGAUCUGGAUGAUCUGAGGACAGGUGGCUGGGUAUGGUCCCUGGUUGUCUUCUGUUUAGCAGUGUAGAGACACCUCUGUUGUCCACUCUCCCCAGGACAAGGCAUUGAAAGGAAUCCACCUUGCUACUGGAGUCCCAUUAUUUAAUUUCACAAUACUGAGUGACUUGAAAGGGAAUCUGCUCAUCUGACCACUUCAGUGUCUGUCCCUGAACCUCUCAGUGCUCCAUUUCCCUUCAUGUGCAGGGGUUCAGACACUGUGAUUCCCUAAAAAUUCACAGUACCCUGCCAGUUACUGCAAACGCUGUCAAAGGGGUUGCACAUUAAAGAAAUAUAAAGCAUCACUUAUGCUUUCCACUGAGGCUGACUUAAAAACAGGAAGAGAGGCAAGCAGGACUCAGCACUGGCUCAGGCUGCUCAGAAGUCACUAACAUGUCUAAAUUUUCCACUCUGAGCCAGCGACCAAGGUAUUCUGCUUAACAUUUCAUGGGUUGUCAAGUGAGAGAAUGAUUUCAAGCAAGUAGCAUCAUCCUGGACUGUUGUGAGUAAGACAACCGCUGGCAGUGGGAGCAGGAUGCGGGUGCCCAGAGCACUGGGCUGCAUCCUGCAGUUCUUCAUGUGGAGUCAAUUCCUUCAAGGUCAUUGCAACGCUUUGUUUUUAUGCCCAGUGUUGCCAGUGCUUUUAACAAAGCUGAGGCUAAGCAGUUCCAUUCCCACGCAGGGAUCCAAAGAAAAACUUUAAAAAUUAUUUUGGUCUAAAAAGGUCACAAGGGAGUGGUUUCCACUGCACAGGUAAAUCAGUCUGACACCAAACAGCUGCCAAAGGAAUUCCCAAUUGCUCAUCUUCAGUCUCCUCUGAGGAGGAAACUGAUGCCUUUUUUCAUAGGAUUAACUUCCCAUUGGUUUGAAUUUCCUACAUCAAACAUGAAAGAAUCCAACAGGGAAGCACUAACCCAGGUACAGGAAAAAAGAUGGGCAACAGAGAAGGUGGAAGAGAGCUUUUUUAGAAAGCAAUGGGAAUCUACUCCUGUGUGUACUUUGGAAAAUUUCAUCGAAUGGCUGUCUGUAUAUGUAAGUCUCUGAAUAUUUUCUAAAAUAUGUUUUCUAAAAAUUAGACCUAAGUGAAAACAGGCUCAAACUCAGUUAGACCAUAUUUAGAUUUUGGGUUUAAUUACCUCAUAUUUUACUAAAAACAGACAAGAAGUUUAGUCAUGUUUUCCAAGAAAGCAGCUGGACUUAUAUAAAAACUAACGAAAAUGCUGAAAACCUUCCUUUGCCGUAAAAUUCAACCAAAGGAAGGUUUCUUUCUGUGAAGAUGCUUCUCAAUGCUCUGAACUUUUUAUGGAGAAAGAACUCCAUAAGCUGAAUGUUAUCGCUCCCAAACAAAAAUAACAGCAGCAAGCUAUUUUUAGCUCUGCCUGAAAUAUUCAGAAAAAAAUCAUUGCUGGUCAGGUGGAAAAGUACUUGGCAAAUCACUGGAAAAGGCACAUUUUUUCUUGGCUGUCUAAGGGUUAUGUUCAAUCUGUUUCAGUCACUUGAUGCUGCCUUUGAUGUAGGCAGAGAGUUUUAUCAGAAGCCUUCACUAAAGUUCAUGCUCCAAAUCCUUAUUUCAAUAACGCAGCAGCAUACCUGAGAGCUGACCUAAUGAUGCCACGUGAGCUCCUUGAUCCCAGGCUGUUGAGGAAAAAGGGAAUAUUAGCAGUGGUUUGCAAUAGGAAUUUGAUUGAGAUGGUAACCAUGCAGAUAUAGCAAGCUCAUAAUUGGAAGGAAGGGGCAAACUCUUUUUCUGUGGUUUUCAUCCGUCAGGAAGAAACCUGAACAGCAACAAGUGACAAGCUUGAAGCCUCUCAUGAGACACCAUCCACUUCAAAUACUGCAAGAGAAUGCAAAAAAAUAUCCACAGUCCAAUCUCACCCACAUGCUUCUGUCUGUAUCUGUCCAGUGCACCCGAGUAUCAGAUAAUUUUGCAUUUAGAGGCUAUAUGUAUCUCUCUUAUGAGGUCACUUUUUUUGUAUUGAUCACACUAUUACUUUGUUGGCAAUUGAAUUAACUGUCAGAAUUGUGUUUUAAUAAACUAGAUUUACCUGUG